AUGCACAAAACACCACCAAGGUCUUUAUUAACAGAGGAAUUGAAGUCCAAAGCUGAGGUUUAUCAUGGGGACAAAGUUUGCAGGGAGAAGUUCUCUUUGUUGCUGGCAGAAAUAGGUCUACCUGAUGGGCUAUUGACCACCCAGAACAUUGAGGAAUGUGGUUAUGUGAAGGAAAUAGGGUUUGUUUGGCUAAAGCUGGAGAAGAAGAAGGAGCACAGGUUUGAUAACAUACAUGUCUGCUAUGAUUCAGUGGUCACUGCUUAUGUGGAGCCAAACAAGAUCAAGAAUCUCACUGGGGUGAAGGCCAGGGACUUCUUGGUCUGGUUCACUUUGAGUGAGAUUUAUGUUAGAGGCCAACCAGAAGGACCUGUCAUCACCUUCAAGUCUUUGGUUGGCUUGUCCAUGUCUUUUCCAUUCUCAUUCUUCAAAGCUGGUAAAUAA